AUGCGCUACUCAAUUGCAGGCCUUGCUUUGUUGGCUGGUCUGACAGUCGCCGUCGACCCCGUCGAGGUACGCGGACAAGACUUCGUCAAUUCGGUCUCUGGUGACAGAUUCGUUGUCAUCGGUGUCGACUAUCAACCAGGCGGCCAAGGAGCCAUCUCCGCAACCAACGAUCGCGAUGUCCUCAGCGAUCCCGAAGCUUGCACUCGCGAUGCAGCUCUGAUGCAGAGUCUCGGUGUCAAUACUAUUCGAAGCUACAACGUGGAUCCUACUCUUAAUCACGACGAAUGCAUGUCAAUCUUCAAUGGCGUGGGAAUCUAUGUCAUUCUUGAUGUCAACACUCCAUUGUAUGGACAGCACAUCGAUCGCAGUAACCCUGGGAGCACGUAUACUCGCGACUACAUGGAACACGUCUUCACAGUCAUUGAAGCUUUCAAGGGUUAUCCCAACCUGCUAGGCUUCUUCGGAGGUAACGAGAUCAUCAACGACUUGGAGACAGCCGACGAUAAUCCUCCCUACAUGAGAGCAGUCCAACGUGACAUGAAGGACUAUAUUGCAUCUCGCGCGGAUAGACCCAUUCCUGUCGGCUACUCAGCUGCUGAUGUAAGAGAAUUCACCGAGGACACCUACCAUUAUUUGGCCUGUGACAAUGGAGACUCGAGUGCUUCCGACUUCUUUGGACUGAACUCCUACUCAUGGUGUGGCUCUGAAUCCAGUUUCGAGACAGCCGAGUACGAUGUUUUGGUCGAGAUGUUCUCCAACGCCUCGAUUCCAGUCUUCUUCUCCGAGUACGGCUGCAACGAUCCCAGUCCCCGUGUCUUCGAGGAGGUCGAGGCAUUGUACAGCCCCCAGAUGACAGUCAUGUCUGGAGGCUUGGUCUACGAAUGGUCGCAAGAGGACAACAACUACGGCCUUGUCAACAUCUCCUCCGACGGAUCUGCCCGACUGCGCUCAGACUACAACAGUCUCAUGGAGCAGUACAGCCGCAUCAACAUCACGCUUCUCGAAGCCAGCAACGACACUGCAACCAGCAUCACUGCCCCUCGUUGUUCCUCCGACUUGAUCGAAGCAGACGACUUUAGCGACGAGUUCGACAUUCCUUCUCGCCCCAGCGGCGUUGACGCCCUAAUCUCAUCUGGCAUCUCCAGCGCACCAACCGGUUCUCUCGUUUCCGUCACCGCAACCGCAGUCGCCCUUCCAGUCUACGGUGUUGACGGUGCGUCCAUGAGCAACCUUGCCAUCACUGUGACUAGCGAAGCAAACCGUCCUGUCGGUACUGCAAGCAGGACUUCAAGCAGAACUUCGAGCAGAUCUGGCUCUGCUUCAGGCUCCUCAACAGCCUCUGGAGCUUCCGCGACUCAAAGCGGUGCUGCACACCGUAUGUCUGGCGCUGUUGCUCUUGCUCUUGGUGCUGCUGCCCUUGCUUUGUAG